CUGCGCGAUCUAAGCGGCGCCUUACAAGCGGCCCGUUUUAAGCGGCGCCUUACAAGCGGCGCGUCACAAGGGGCGCGUUGCAAGGAGCGCGUUACAAGGAGCGCGUUUCAAGGGGCUGGUUACAAGCGGCGCGUUAAAAGGGGCGCGUGGCGGCAUGGGCAACUGCUACCAGCCACCAAGUCCGUUGCAGUGCUCAUCCGCCUCUCUCCACGAGUACAGCACAGCGGUGGCUCAGGCCGCCUGGUGAACGCCUUCUCACCUGACGCACCUGGCUCCCUGCGCGAGUUCACGGCAGCGGAGAUGGUGGCGGCGACGAGCAACUUCGCGCGUGUGGUGGGGGAGGGCGGCUUUGGGCGCGUGUACCACGGGCGCCUCACGCACCCCGCAGGGCCGGGCGGGCGCGAGGUGGAGGUGGCGGUGAAAGUGAUGGCGGCGGAGCACAUCACUGGGGGCGAGGCGAGCUUCCAGGUGGGCGAGGCGAGCUUCCAGGUGGGCGAGGCGAGCUUCCAGGUGGGCGAGGCGAGCUUCCAGGUGGGCGAGGCGAGCUUCCAGGUGGGCGAGGCGAGCUUCCAGGUGGGCGAGGCGAGCUUCCAGGUGGGCGAGGCGAGCUUCCAGGUGGGCGAGGCGAGCUUCCAGGUGGGCGAGGCGAGCUUCCAGGUGGGCGAGGCGAGCUUCCAGGUGGGCGAGGCGAGCUUCCAGGUGGGCGAGGCGAGCUUCCAGGUGGGCGAGGCGAGCUUCCAGGUGGGCGAGGCGAGCUUCCAGGUGGGCGAGGCGAGCUUCCAGGUGGGCGAGGCGAGCUUCCAGGUGGGCGAGGCGAGCUUCCAGGUGGGCGAGGCGAGCUUCCAGGUGGGCGAGGCGAGCUUCCAGGUGGGCGAGGCGAGCUUCCAGGUGGGCGAGGCGAGCUUCCAGGUGGGCGAGGCGAGCUUCCAGGUGGGCGAGGCGAGCUUCCAGGUGGGCGAGGCGAGCUUCCAGGUGGGCGAGGCGAGCUUCCAGGUGGGCGAGGCGAGCUUCCAGGUGGGCGAGGCGAGCUUCCAGGUGGGCGAGGCGAGCUUCCAGGUGGGCGAGGCGAGCUUCCAGGUGGGCGAGGCGAGCUUCCAGGUGGGCGAGGCGAGCUUCCAGGUGGGCGAGGCGAGCUUCCAGGUGGGCGAGGCGAGCUUCCAGGUGGGCGAGGCGAGCUUCCAGGUGGGCGAGGCGAGCUUCCAGGUGGGCGAGGCGAGCUUCCAGGUGGGCGAGGCGAGCUUCCAGGUGGGCGAGGCGAGCUUCCAGGUGGGCGAGGCGAGCUUCCAGGUGGGCGAGGCGAGCUUCCAGGUGGGCGAGGCGAGCUUCCAGGUGGGCGAGGCGAGCUUCCAGGUGGGCGAGGCGAGCUUCCAGGUGGGCGAGGCGAGCUUCCAGGUGGGCGAGGCGAGCUUCCAGGUGGGCGAGGCGAGCUUCCAGGUGGGCGAGGCGAGCUUCCAGGUGGGCGAGGCGAGCUUCCAGGUGGGCGAGGCGAGCUUCCAGGUGGGCGAGGCGAGCUUCCAGGUGGGCGAGGCGAGCUUCCAGGUGGGCGAGGCGAGCUUCCAGGUGGGCGAGGCGAGCUUCCAGGUGGGCGAGGCGAGCUUCCAGGUGGGCGAGGCGAGCUUCCAGGUGGGCGAGGCGAGCUUCCAGGUGGGCGAGGCGAGCUUCCAGGUGGGCGAGGCGAGCUUCCAGGUGGGCGAGGCGAGCUUCCAGGUGGGCGAGGCGAGCUUCCAGGUGGGCGAGGCGAGCUUCCAGGUGGGCGAGGCGAGCUUCCAGGUGGGCGAGGCGAGCUUCCAGGUGGGCGAGGCGAGCUUCCAGGUGGGCGAGGCGAGCUUCCAGGUGGGCGAGGCGAGCUUCCAGGUGGGCGAGGCGAGCUUCCAGGUGGGCGAGGCGAGCUUCCAGGUGGGCGAGGCGAGCUUCCAGGUGGGCGAGGCGAGCUUCCAGGUGGGCGAGGCGAGCUUCCAGGUGGGCGAGGCGAGCUUCCAGGUGGGCGAGGCGAGCUUCCAGGUGGGCGAGGCGAGCUUCCAGGUGGGCGAGGCGAGCUUCCAGGUGGGCGAGGCGAGCUUCCAGGUGGGCGAGGCGAGCUUCCAGGUGGGCGAGGGCGAGCUUCCAGGUGGGCGAGGCGAGCUUCCAGGUGGGCGAGGCGAGCUUCCAGGUGGGCGAGGCGAGCUUCCAGGUGGGCGAGGCGAGCUUCCAGGUGGGCGAGGCGAGCUUCCAGGUGGGCGAGGCGAGCUUCCAGGUGGGCGAGGCGAGCUUCCAGGUGGGCGAGGCGAGCUUCCAGGUGGGCGAGGCGAGCUUCCAGGUGGGCGAGGCGAGCUUCCAGGUGGGCGAGGCGAGCUUCCAGGUGGGCGAGGCGAGCUUCCAGGUGGGCGAGGCGAGCUUCCAGGUGGGCGAGGCGAGCUUCCAGGUGGGCGAGGCGAGCUUCCAGGUGGGCGAGGCGAGCUUCCAGGUGGGCGAGGCGAGCUUCCAGGUGGGCGAGGCGAGCUUCCAGGUGGGCGAGGCGAGCUUCCAGGUGGGCGAGGCGAGCUUCCAGGUGGGCGAGGCGAGCUUCCAGGUGGGCGAGGCGAGCUUCCAGGUGGCGAGGCGAGCUUCCAGGUGGGCGAGGCGAGCUUCCAGGUGGGCGAGGCGAGCUUCCAGGUGGGCGAGGCGAGCUUCCAGGUGGGCGAGGCGAGCUUCCAGGUGGGCGAGGCGAGCUUCCAGGUGGGCGAGGCGAGCUUCCAGGUGGGCGAGGCGAGCUUCCAGGUGGGCGAGGCGAGCUUCCAGGUGGGCGAGGCGAGCUUCCAGGUGGGCGAGGCGAGCUUCCAGGUGGGCGAGGCGAGCUUCCAGGUGGGCGAGGCGAGCUUCCAGGUGGGCGAGGCGAGCUUCCAGGUGGGCGAGGCGAGCUUCCAGGUGGGCGAGGCGAGCUUCCAGGUGGGCGAGGCGAGCUUCCAGGUGGGCGAGGCGAGCUUCCAGGUGGGCGAGGCGAGCUUCCAGGUGGGCGAGGCGAGCUUCCAGGUGGGCGAGGCGAGCUUCCAGGUGGGCGAGGCGAGCUUCCAGGUGGGCGAGGCGAGCUUCCAGGUGGGCGAGGCGAGCUUCCAGGUGGGCGAGGCGAGCUUCCAGGUGGGCGAGGCGAGCUUCCAGGUGGGCGAGGCGAGCUUCCAGGUGGGCGAGGCGAGCUUCCAGGUGGGCGAGGCGAGCUUCCAGGUGGGCGAGGCGAGCUUCCAGGUGGGCGAGGCGAGCUUCCAGGUGGGCGAGGCGAGCUUCCAGGUGGGCGAGGCGAGCUUCCAGGUGGGCGAGGCGAGCUUCCAGGUGGGCGAGGCGAGCUUCCAGGUGGGCGAGGCGAGCUUCCAGGUGGGCGAGGCGAGCUUCCAGGUGGGCGAGGCGAGCUUCCAGGUGGGCGAGGCGAGCUUCCAGGCGAGCUUCCAGGUGGGCGAGGCGAGCUUCCAGGUGGGCGAGGCGAGCUUCCAGGUGGGCGAGGCGAGCUUCCAGGUGGGCGAGGCGAGCUUCCAGGUGGGCGAGGCGAGCUUCCAGGUGGGCGAGGCGAGCUUCCAGGUGGGCGAGGCGAGCUUCCAGGUGGGCGAGGCGAGCUUCCAGGUGGGCGAGGCGAGCUUCCAGGUGGGCGAGGCGAGCUUCCAGGUGGGCGAGGCGAGCUUCCAGGUGGGCGAGGCGAGCUUCCAGGUGGGCGAGGCGAGCUUCCAGGUGGGCGAGGCGAGCUUCCAGGUGGGCGAGGCGAGCUUCCAGGUGGGCGAGGCGAGCUUCCAGGUGGGCGAGGCGAGCUUCCAGGUGGGCGAGGCGAGCUUCCAGGUGGGCGAGGCGAGCUUCCAGGUGGGCGAGGCGAGCUUCCAGGUGGGCGAGGCGAGCUUCCAGGUGGGCGAGGCGAGCUUCCAGGUGGGCGAGGCGAGCUUCCAGGUGGGCGAGGCGAGCUUCCAGGUGGGCGAGGCGAGCUUCCAGGUGGGCGAGGCGAGCUUCCAGGUGGGCGAGGCGAGCUUCCAGGUGGGCGAGGCGAGCUUCCAGGUGGGCGAGGCGAGCUUCCAGGUGGGCGAGGCGAGCUUCCAGGUGGGCGAGGCGAGCUUCCAGGUGGGCGAGGCGAGCUUCCAGGUGGGCGAGGCGAGCUUCCAGGUGGGCGAGGCGAGCUUCCAGGUGGGCGAGGCGAGCUUCCAGGUGGGCGAGGCGAGCUUCCAGGUGGGCGAGGCGAGCUUCCAGGUGGGCGAGGCGAGCUUCCAGGUGGGCGAGGCGAGCUUCCAGGUGGGCGAGGCGAGCUUCCAGGUGGGCGAGGCGAGCUUCCAGGUGGGCGAGGCGAGCUUCCAGGUGGGCGAGGCGAGCUUCCAGGUGGGCGAGGCGAGCUUCCAGGUGGGCGAGGCGAGCUUCCAGGUGGGCGAGGCGAGCUUCCAGGUGGGCGAGGCGAGCUUCCAGGUGGGCGAGGCGAGCUUCCAGGUGGGCGAGGCGAGCUUCCAGGUGGGCGAGGCGAGCUUCCAGGUGGGCGAGGCGAGCUUCCAGGUGGGCGAGGCGAGCUUCCAGGUGGGCGAGGCGAGCUUCCAGGUGGGCGAGGCGAGCUUCCAGGUGGGCGAGGCGAGCUUCCAGGUGGGCGAGGCGAGCUUCCAGGUGGGCGAGGCGAGCUUCCAGGUGGGCGAGGCGAGCUUCCAGGUGGGCGAGGCGAGCUUCCAGGUGGGCGAGGCGAGCUUCCAGGUGGGCGAGGCGAGCUUCCAGGUGGGCGAGGCGAGCUUCCAGGUGGGCGAGGCGAGCUUCCAGGUGGGCGAGGCGAGCUUCCAGGUGGGCGAGGCGAGCUUCCAGGUGGGCGAGGCGAGCUUCCAGGUGGGCGAGGCGAGCUUCCAGGUGGGCGAGGCGAGCUUCCAGGUGGGCGAGGCGAGCUUCCAGGUGGGCGAGGCGAGCUUCCAGGUGGGCGAGGCGAGCUUCCAGGUGGGCGAGGCGAGCUUCCAGGUGGGCGAGGCGAGCUUCCAGGUGGGCGAGGCGAGCUUCCAGGUGGGCGAGGCGAGCUUCCAGGUGGGCGAGGCGAGCUUCCAGGUGGGCGAGGCGAGCUUCCAGGUGGGCGAGGCGAGCUUCCAGGUGGGCGAGGCGAGCUUCCAGGUGGGCGAGGCGAGCUUCCAGGUGGGCGAGGCGAGCUUCCAGGUGGGCGAGGCGAGCUUCCAGGUGGGCGAGGCGAGCUUCCAGGUGGGCGAGGCGAGCUUCCAGGUGGGCGAGGCGAGCUUCCAGGUGGGCGAGGCGAGCUUCCAGGUGGGCGAGGCGAGCUUCCAGGUGGGCGAGGCGAGCUUCCAGGUGGGCGAGGCGAGCUUCCAGGUGGGCGAGGCGAGCUUCCAGGUGGGCGAGGCGAGCUUCCAGGUGGGCGAGGCGAGCUUCCAGGUGGGCGAGGCGAGCUUCCAGGUGGGCGAGGCGAGCUUCCAGGUGGGCGAGGCGAGCUUCCAGGUGGGCGAGGCGAGCUUCCAGGUGGGCGAGGCGAGCUUCCAGGUGGGCGAGGCGAGCUUCCAGGUGGGCGAGGCGAGCUUCCAGGUGGGCGAGGCGAGCUUCCAGGUGGGCGAGGCGAGCUUCCAGGUGGGCGAGGCGAGCUUCCAGGUGGGCGAGGCGAGCUUCCAGGUGGGCGAGGCGAGCUUCCAGGUGGGCGAGGCGAGCUUCCAGGUGGGCGAGGCGAGCUUCCAGGUGGGCGAGGCGAGCUUCCAGGUGGGCGAGGCGAGCUUCCAGGUGGGCGAGGCGAGCUUCCAGGUGGGCGAGGCGAGCUUCCAGGUGGGCGAGGCGAGCUUCCAGGUGGGCGAGGCGAGCUUCCAGGUGGGCGAGGCGAGCUUCCAGGUGGGCGAGGCGAGCUUCCAGGUGGGCGAGGCGAGCUUCCAGGUGGGCGAGGCGAGCUUCCAGGUGGGCGAGGCGAGCUUCCAGGUGGGCGAGGCGAGCUUCCAGGUGGGCGAGGCGAGCUUCCAGGUGGGCGAGGCGAGCUUCCAGGUGGGCGAGGCGAGCUUCCAGGUGGGCGAGGCGAGCUUCCAGGUGGGCGAGGCGAGCUUCCAGGUGGGCGAGGCGAGCUUCCAGGUGGGCGAGGCGAGCUUCCAGGUGGGCGAGGCGAGCUUCCAGGUGGGCGAGGCGAGCUUCCAGGUGGGCGAGGCGAGCUUCCAGGUGGGCGAGGCGAGCUUCCAGGUGGGCGAGGCGAGCUUCCAGGUGGGCGAGGCGAGCUUCCAGGUGGGCGAGGCGAGCUUCCAGGUGGGCGAGGCGAGCUUCCAGGUGGGCGAGGCGAGCUUCCAGGUGGGCGAGGCGAGCUUCCAGGUGGGCGAGGCGAGCUUCCAGGUGGGCGAGGCGAGCUUCCAGGUGGGCGAGGCGAGCUUCCAGGUGGGCGAGGCGAGCUUCCAGGUGGGCGAGGCGAGCUUCCAGGUGGGCGAGGCGAGCUUCCAGGUGGGCGAGGCGAGCUUCCAGGUGGGCGAGGCGAGCUUCCAGGUGGGCGAGGCGAGCUUCCAGGUGGGCGAGGCGAGCUUCCAGGUGGGCGAGGCGAGCUUCCAGGUGGGCGAGGCGAGCUUCCAGGUGGGCGAGGCGAGCUUCCAGGUGGGCGAGGCGAGCUUCCAGGUGGGCGAGGCGAGCUUCCAGGUGGGCGAGGCGAGCUUCCAGGUGGGCGAGGCGAGCUUCCAGGUGGGCGAGGCGAGCUUCCAGGUGGGCGAGGCGAGCUUCCAGGUGGGCGAGGCGAGCUUCCAGGUGGGCGAGGCGAGCUUCCAGGUGGGCGAGGCGAGCUUCCAGGUGGGCGAGGCGAGCUUCCAGGUGGGCGAGGCGAGCUUCCAGGUGGGCGAGGCGAGCUUCCAGGUGGGCGAGGCGAGCUUCCAGGUGGGCGAGGCGAGCUUCCAGGUGGGCGAGGCGAGCUUCCAGGUGGGCGAGGCGAGCUUCCAGGUGGGCGAGGCGAGCUUCCAGGUGGGCGAGGCGAGCUUCCAGGUGGGCGAGGCGAGCUUCCAGGUGGGCGAGGCGAGCUUCCAGGUGGGCGAGGCGAGCUUCCAGGUGGGCGAGGCGAGCUUCCAGGUGGGCGAGGCGAGCUUCCAGGUGGGCGAGGCGAGCUUCCAGGUGGGCGAGGCGAGCUUCCAGGUGGGCGAGGCGAGCUUCCAGGUGGGCGAGGCGAGCUUCCAGGUGGGCGAGGCGAGCUUCCAGGUGGGCGAGGCGAGCUUCCAGGUGGGCGAGGCGAGCUUCCAGGUGGGCGAGGCGAGCUUCCAGGUGGGCGAGGCGAGCUUCCAGGUGGGCGAGGCGAGCUUCCAGGUGGGCGAGGCGAGCUUCCAGGUGGGCGAGGCGAGCUUCCAGGUGGGCGAGGCGAGCUUCCAGGUGGGCGAGGCGAGCUUCCAGGUGGGCGAGGCGAGCUUCCAGGUGGGCGAGGCGAGCUUCCAGGUGGGCGAGGCGAGCUUCCAGGUGGGCGAGGCGAGCUUCCAGGUGGGCGAGGCGAGCUUCCAGGUGGGCGAGGCGAGCUUCCAGGUGGGCGAGGCGAGCUUCCAGGUGGGCGAGGCGAGCUUCCAGGUGGGCGAGGCGAGCUUCCAGGUGGGCGAGGCGAGCUUCCAGGUGGGCGAGGCGAGCUUCCAGGUGGGCGAGGCGAGCUUCCAGGUGGGCGAGGCGAGCUUCCAGGUGGGCGAGGCGAGCUUCCAGGUGGGCGAGGCGAGCUUCCAGGUGGGCGAGGCGAGCUUCCAGGUGGGCGAGGCGAGCUUCCAGGUGGGCGAGGCGAGCUUCCAGGUGGGCGAGGCGAGCUUCCAGGUGGGCGAGGCGAGCUUCCAGGUGGGCGAGGCGAGCUUCCAGGUGGGCGAGGCGAGCUUCCAGGUGGGCGAGGCGAGCUUCCAGGUGGGCGAGGCGAGCUUCCAGGUGGGCGAGGCGAGCUUCCAGGUGGGCGAGGCGAGCUUCCAGGUGGGCGAGGCGAGCUUCCAGGUGGGCGAGGCGAGCUUCCAGGUGGGCGAGGCGAGCUUCCAGGUGGGCGAGGCGAGCUUCCAGGUGGGCGAGGCGAGCUUCCAGGUGGGCGAGGCGAGCUUCCAGGUGGGCGAGGCGAGCUUCCAGGUGGGCGAGGCGAGCUUCCAGGUGGGCGAGGCGAGCUUCCAGGUGGGCGAGGCGAGCUUCCAGGUGGGCGAGGCGAGCUUCCAGGUGGGCGAGGCGAGCUUCCAGGUGGGCGAGGCGAGCUUCCAGGUGGGCGAGGCGAGCUUCCAGGUGGGCGAGGCGAGCUUCCAGGUGGGCGAGGCGAGCUUCCAGGUGGGCGAGGCGAGCUUCCAGGUGGGCGAGGCGAGCUUCCAGGUGGGCGAGGCGAGCUUCCAGGUGGGCGAGGCGAGCUUCCAGGUGGGCGAGGCGAGCUUCCAGGUGGGCGAGGCGAGCUUCCAGGUGGGCGAGGCGAGCUUCCAGGUGGGCGAGGCGAGCUUCCAGGUGGGCGAGGCGAGCUUCCAGGUGGGCGAGGCGAGCUUCCAGGUGGGCGAGGCGAGCUUCCAGGUGGGCGAGGCGAGCUUCCAGGUGGGCGAGGCGAGCUUCCAGGUGGGCGAGGCGAGCUUCCAGGUGGGCGAGGCGAGCUUCCAGGUGGGCGAGGCGAGCUUCCAGGUGGGCGAGGCGAGCUUCCAGGUGGGCGAGGCGAGCUUCCAGGUGGGCGAGGCGAGCUUCCAGGUGGGCGAGGCGAGCUUCCAGGUGGGCGAGGCGAGCUUCCAGGUGGGCGAGGCGAGCUUCCAGGUGGGCGAGGCGAGCUUCCAGGUGGGCGAGGCGAGCUUCCAGGUGGGCGAGGCGAGCUUCCAGGUGGGCGAGGCGAGCUUCCAGGUGGGCGAGGCGAGCUUCCAGGUGGGCGAGGCGAGCUUCCAGGUGGGCGAGGCGAGCUUCCAGGUGGGCGAGGCGAGCUUCCAGGUGGGCGAGGCGAGCUUCCAGGUGGGCGAGGCGAGCUUCCAGGUGGGCGAGGCGAGCUUCCAGGUGGGCGAGGCGAGCUUCCAGGUGGGCGAGGCGAGCUUCCAGGUGGGCGAGGCGAGCUUCCAGGUGGGCGAGGCGAGCUUCCAGGUGGGCGAGGCGAGCUUCCAGGUGGGCGAGGCGAGCUUCCAGGUGGGCGAGGCGAGCUUCCAGGUGGGCGAGGCGAGCUUCCAGGUGGGCGAGGCGAGCUUCCAGGUGGGCGAGGCGAGCUUCCAGGUGGGCGAGGCGAGCUUCCAGGUGGGCGAGGCGAGCUUCCAGGUGGGCGAGGCGAGCUUCCAGGUGGGCGAGGCGAGCUUCCAGGUGGGCGAGGCGAGCUUCCAGGUGGGCGAGGCGAGCUUCCAGGUGGGCGAGGCGAGCUUCCAGGUGGGCGAGGCGAGCUUCCAGGUGGGCGAGGCGAGCUUCCAGGUGGGCGAGGCGAGCUUCCAGGUGGGCGAGGCGAGCUUCCAGGUGGGCGAGGCGAGCUUCCAGGUGGGCGAGGCGAGCUUCCAGGUGGGCGAGGCGAGCUUCCAGGUGGGCGAGGCGAGCUUCCAGGUGGGCGAGGCGAGCUUCCAGGUGGGCGAGGCGAGCUUCCAGGUGGGCGAGGCGAGCUUCCAGGUGGGCGAGGCGAGCUUCCAGGUGGGCGAGGCGAGCUUCCAGGUGGGCGAGGCGAGCUUCCAGGUGGGCGAGGCGAGCUUCCAGGUGGGCGAGGCGAGCUUCCAGGUGGGCGAGGCGAGCUUCCAGGUGGGCGAGGCGAGCUUCCAGGUGGGCGAGGCGAGCUUCCAGGUGGGCGAGGCGAGCUUCCAGGUGGGCGAGGCGAGCUUCCAGGUGGGCGAGGCGAGCUUCCAGGUGGGCGAGGCGAGCUUCCAGGUGGGCGAGGCGAGCUUCCAGGUGGGCGAGGCGAGCUUCCAGGUGGGCGAGGCGAGCUUCCAGGUGGGCGAGGCGAGCUUCCAGGUGGGCGAGGCGAGCUUCCAGGUGGGCGAGGCGAGCUUCCAGGUGGGCGAGGCGAGCUUCCAGGUGGGCGAGGCGAGCUUCCAGGUGGGCGAGGCGAGCUUCCAGGUGGGCGAGGCGAGCUUCCAGGUGGGCGAGGCGAGCUUCCAGGUGGGCGAGGCGAGCUUCCAGGUGGGCGAGGCGAGCUUCCAGGUGGGCGACGGCGAGCUUCCAGGUGGGCGAGGCGACGCUUCCAGGGUGGGCGAGGCGAGCUUCCAGGUGGGCGAGGCGAGCUUCCAGGUGGGCGAGGCGAGCUUCCAGGUGGGCGAGGCGAGCUUCCAGGUGGGCGAGGCGAGCUUCCAGGUGGGCGAGGCGAGCUUCCAGGUGGGCGAGGCGAGCUUCCAGGUGGGCGAGGCGAGCUUCCAGGUGGGCGAGGCGAGCUUCCAGGUGGGCGAGGCGAGCUUCCAGGUGGGCGAGGCGAGCUUCCAGGUGGGCGAGGCGAGCUUCCAGGUGGGCGAGGCGAGCUUCCAGGUGGGCGAGGCGAGCUUCCAGGUGGGCGAGGCGAGCUUCCAGGUGGGCGAGGCGAGCUUCCAGGUGGGCGAGGCGAGCUUCCAGGUGGGCGAGGCGAGCUUCCAGGUGGGCGAGGCGAGCUUCCAGGUGGGCGAGGCGAGCUUCCAGGUGGGCGAGGCGAGCUUCCAGGUGGGCGAGGCGAGCUUCCAGGUGGGCGAGGCGAGCUUCCAGGUGGGCGAGGCGAGCUUCCAGGUGGGCGAGGCGAGCUUCCAGGUGGGCGAGGCGAGCUUCCAGGUGGGCGAGGCGAGCUUCCAGGUGGGCGAGGCGAGCUUCCAGGUGGGCGAGGCGAGCUUCCAGGUGGGCGAGGCGAGCUUCCAGGUGGGCGAGGCGAGCUUCCAGGUGGGCGAGGCGAGCUUCCAGGUGGGCGAGGCGAGCUUCCAGGUGGGCGAGGCGAGCUUCCAGGUGGGCGAGGCGAGCUUCCAGGUGGGCGAGGCGAGCUUCCAGGUGGGCGAGGCGAGCUUCCAGGUGGGCGAGGCGAGCUUCCAGGUGGGCGAGGCGAGCUUCCAGGUGGGCGAGGCGAGCUUCCAGGUGGGCGAGGCGAGCUUCCAGGUGGGCGAGGCGAGCUUCCAGGUGGGCGAGGCGAGCUUCCAGGUGGGCGAGGCGAGCUUCCAGGUGGGCGAGGCGAGCUUCCAGGUGGGCGAGGCGAGCUUCCAGGUGGGCGAGGCGAGCUUCCAGGUGGGCGAGGCGAGCUUCCAGGUGGGCGAGGCGAGCUUCCAGGUGGGCGAGGCGAGCUUCCAGGUGGGCGAGGCGAGCUUCCAGGUGGGCGAGGCGAGCUUCCAGGUGGGCGAGGCGAGCUUCCAGGUGGGCGAGGCGAGCUUCCAGGUGGGCGAGGCGAGCUUCCAGGUGGGCGAGGCGAGCUUCCAGGUGGGCGAGGCGAGCUUCCAGGUGGGCGAGGCGAGCUUCCAGGUGGGCGAGGCGAGCUUCCAGGUGGGCGAGGCGAGCUUCCAGGUGGGCGAGGCGAGCUUCCAGGUGGGCGAGGCGAGCUUCCAGGUGGGCGAGGCGAGCUUCCAGGUGGGCGAGGCGAGCUUCCAGGUGGGCGAGGCGAGCUUCCAGGUGGGCGAGGCGAGCUUCCAGGUGGGCGAGGCGAGCUUCCAGGUGGGCGAGGCGAGCUUCCAGGUGGGCGAGGCGAGCUUCCAGGUGGGCGAGGCGAGCUUCCAGGUGGGCGAGGCGAGCUUCCAGGUGGGCGAGGCGAGCUUCCAGGUGGGCGAGGCGAGCUUCCAGGUGGGCGAGGCGAGCUUCCAGGUGGGCGAGGCGAGCUUCCAGGUGGGCGAGGCGAGCUUCCAGGUGGGCGAGGCGAGCUUCCAGGUGGGCGAGGCGAGCUUCCAGGUGGGCGAGGCGAGCUUCCAGGUGGGCGAGGCGAGCUUCCAGGUGGGCGAGGCGAGCUUCCAGGUGGGCGAGGCGAGCUUCCAGGUGGGCGAGGCGAGCUUCCAGGUGGGCGAGGCGAGCUUCCAGGUGGGCGAGGCGAGCUUCCAGGUGGGCGAGGCGAGCUUCCAGGUGGGCGAGGCGAGCUUCCAGGUGGGCGAGGCGAGCUUCCAGGUGGGCGAGGCGAGCUUCCAGGUGGGCGAGGCGAGCUUCCAGGUGGGCGAGGCGAGCUUCCAGGUGGGCGAGGCGAGCUUCCAGGUGGGCGAGGCGAGCUUCCAGGUGGGCGAGGCGAGCUUCCAGGUGGGCGAGGCGAGCUUCCAGGUGGGCGAGGCGAGCUUCCAGGUGGGCGAGGCGAGCUUCCAGGUGGGCGAGGCGAGCUUCCAGGUGGGCGAGGCGAGCUUCCAGGUGGGCGAGGCGAGCUUCCAGGUGGGCGAGGCGAGCUUCCAGGUGGGCGAGGCGAGCUUCCAGGUGGGCGAGGCGAGCUUCCAGGUGGGCGAGGCGAGCUUCCAGGUGGGCGAGGCGAGCUUCCAGGUGGGCGAGGCGAGCUUCCAGGUGGGCGAGGCGAGCUUCCAGGUGGGCGAGGCGAGCUUCCAGGUGGGCGAGGCGAGCUUCCAGGUGGGCGAGGCGAGCUUCCAGGUGGGCGAGGCGAGCUUCCAGGUGGGCGAGGUGAGCUUCCAGGUGGGCGAGGCGAGCUUCCAGGUGGGCGAGGUGGUGAUGGCCGCGGACCACAUCACCCAAGGCAUGUCGAGUCUCCAGCUGACCAAGCCGUGCCGUGUGAGGCACUGCCCUCACUGCCCCCAGGCAGAGGUGACGGCAGCGACGGCCAUGCCGCACCGCAACAUCCUGCAGCUGCUGGGCAGUGUCUGUCAUGCCCCAUCAUCUCCCCCCCCCCUUUCCUCUCAUGCCUCAUCUCUCCCCACAACCCCCCCUCUCACCGCCCCCAGGUGGAGUGACGUCAGUGGAGGUGGCAGCGAUGACGGCCAUGCAGCACCCCAGAAUCCUGAAGCUGCUGGGCUAUGUGUGGCAUCACCCUGCCCCCCGUUCUCAUGCCCCCUCUCUCCCCACUCCCCUCCCUCUCACCGCCACCAGGUGGAGGUGGCAGCGAUGACGGCCAUGCAGCACCCCAAGAUCCUGCAGCUGCUGGGCUACGUGGGGGACUCGCCCUCCCCUGUGCUCGUCUACGAGUUCAUCCCCCGCGGCGACUGCACCGAGAUGCUCAAACUAUCGGCAAGAGGAGAGGUGGCGUUUCCAUGGAGGGCGCGGCUGGUGGUGGCGCUGGGGUGUGCGGAGGCGCUGGCAGCCAUCCAUGACGCCAACUUUGUGCACCGCGACUUCAAGGCCUCCAACGUGCUGCUCCGCGAGGACCUGACACCAGUGCUGGCGGAUUUUGGGUUGGCAAAGUCGGUGACGGACUGGGCAACGCACGUGAGCACGCGGGUGAUGGGCAGCAUGGGGUACAUGGACCCCAUCUACUUCCAGACAGGCCAACUGAGCCGCAAGUCCGACACAUAUGCCUUUGGGGUCUUCCUCCUCGAGCUCGUAUCCGGCUGCCUCGCCCUCGACGAUCGCUUCCAGGAGCUUCGAAAGCUGGUGGUGGCGAAGACCUUUCCGGACCCGGAGCUGGUGGUGGACCCGUGCAUAAAGGGCGAGUGGACCAAGAAGCAAGUCUACAUUGUCUUCACGCUCAUUCGAUUCGCCAUCUUCUUCGAUUGGGAUAACCGCCCGAGCAUGUCGGUGAUGCGAGAUAAGCUGAUGGCUGUUGUUGAAUAG